AUUUAUUAUCUACACACGGUCACAACACUGCCUGUCGCUCACCCUCUACUUCUUCUCUCUCUCGGACACGUACAUAAAAACCAACCAUAGCCGACGCCAACGCCAAGAAACACAGAGAAAGAAACUGUAACAGAAAAAAAAAAAAACCCAGACAAUGUCAUGCAAUAACAGAUCAAAUCCGCCAUUGUUUUUUCUCCUGGCCUUUGUUUUCCUUUUCUUUCUCUUCACUUCUUCAACAGCAACUCCCAGUUCCGCAACUUCCCAUUCUCUAUCCCUUUCCAUCUCAGAUGAUGUGGUCGGUGAGAGAGAGAAUGAUGGUGUGCUGGUUUCAUGGAAGGCAAGGAGGCAUCUUGCUGAAGAAGGGAACACAACAUCUUCUUUGAUAUUGGCUGCAAAGAGAACAAGAAGGAGAGACCCUUUAGAGAACUCUAAAUUCUACACUUCUGGUUAUAAUAUCAGCAAUAAACAUUAUUGGGCUUCUGUUGGUCUUACCGCGGCUCCCUUCUUUAUCGUUGCUGCAGUUUGGUUUGUGAUAUUUGGACUGUGCUUGUCCUUUAUCUGCCUCUGCUAUUGCUGUUGUAGAAGAGAACCUUAUGGCUAUUCUCGAGCAUGCUAUGCUCUGUCUCUUAUCUCCCUCAUUUUCUUUACCAUUGCUGCAAUUGCAGGAUGUGGUGUUCUGUAUGCUGGUCAAGGGAAGUUUCACAGGAUUACAACAGACACAUUGGAGUAUGUAGUUAAUCAGGCAGAUGUUACUGCUGAAAACCUCAGGAAUGUGUCAGAUUAUCUGGCUGCGGCUAAGAAUGCUGGUGUAUUGUCAGUUUUUCUGCCAACCAGUGUCCGAAAUGACAUUGAUAGCAUUCAAACAAAAAUCAACUCCUCUGGUGCUACUCUUUCCAGUACUACACAGAAGAAUUCGCAAGGCAUACAAGAUGUUUUGGAUACCAUAAGAUUGAUCCUGAUUAUCCUUGCUGCUGUAAUGCUUGCUCUGGCAUUUCUUGGAUUUGUAUUCUCCAUUUUCGGGAUGCAGUGUCUUGUUUACUUCCUGGUGAUCCUUGGCUGGAUUCUUGUCACGUGCACAUUUGUUUUGUGUGGUGUAUUCCUUCUCCUCCACAACGUGGUUGCCGAUACUUGUAUUUCUAUGGAUGAGUGGGUUCAGAACCCCACUGCCAAAACAGCUCUGGAUGAUAUAAUCCCUUGUGUGGACAACGCAACUGCUCAAGAAACCUUGAGGCAGACAAAGGAGACAACUUACCAACUUGUCAGCGUUGUUGAUAACAUCAUCAACACUGUCUCCAACAAAAAUAUCCCACCCCAAGCGGGAAAUCUAUAUUACAAUCAAUCUGGUCCGCUAAUGCCUGUACUUUGCAACCCAUACAAAUCUGAUUAUACAGAUCGGCAAUGCGCUGCUGGUGAAGUGGACUUAAGCAAUGCUACCCAGGUGUGGAAGAAAUAUACCUGUCAGGUAUCAUCUGGGAUUUGUACUACGCCUGGUCGGCUUACUCCUAGCUUGUACAACCAGAUGGAAUCUGCAGUAAACCUAAGUUAUGGGUUGAAUCGUUAUGGUCCAUUCUUGGUUAACCUGGAAGACUGCACUUUUGUGCGAGAAACAUUCACCCAGAUCAACCAUUCUUAUUGUCCCGGUUUGCGGCGAUACACGCAAUGGAUAUACGUUGGGCUAGUAAUUGUAUCUGCUGCUGUAAUGCUGUCCCUGAUCUUCUGGGUAAUUUAUGCAAGAGAGAGAAGGCAUCGUGUAUAUACCAAGCAGUUCGUGUCUACCUCGGAAGGCCCUGGCAAGGCAUCAUGAGAUGCCAUCUAGUUAACAAGGUUGCUAAUUAGAUCUUGUGCAUAUCUUGGAUCGCUUGCUGUCCAAUAUUUUUGUACAUUAUGCUAUCAUCCAUAGGCUGGCUGCAGUAUUGUUAGUGUGUUACCAAGCACGGCUCUUUUCAUAGGACUCGCUCUGAGACCAAAAUGGUGACUGCUGCUUUGCCACCUGUAAGAAAAGGGUUAUGAUUUCUUGGCUUUUUGCUUAUAUGAUCUAAAUAUGGUUUCUCUAAUGGAGCCUGCUUCUUGUAUAGCAAGCAGAUGUAUUUGAGUA